AUGGCUGCAAGCCAACAUCAUACAGCGUCGUCGAAGUCAACAGUGAAUCUCACUUCUGAAACCCAACCACGAACAUCAGCCACAGUGACUGUUAACGAGAUUCCCAGCUGCGCCGUUACUGAAACUAAACAUACUAGUGUACUUCUCGCCACCGCCGUGGUCCUUUUCGUCGAUGAUAAUGGAACUGAGCAUGUAGUUAGAGCACUCCUCGAUUCUGGCAGUGAGUGCUGUUUCGUGUCGGAAAAAUUUCUCCAAACAGUAAAAAUCAAACGCAGAAAGGUUUCCGUCCCUAUUUCUGGAAUCGGUCAAGCUACCGUCAACGCUAAGUUUGCAGUUCUCCCACAAAUCCAAUCACGAGUCUGCAAUUACUCUACUACAGUUGAAUGUUUAGUUUUACCCCGGUUGACAUUGGACUUGCCCUCCACCUCCAUCGAUGCUUCUACUUGGAACAUUCCGCCCGAGAUCCAGCUUGCAGAUCCAGCUUUCUUCAGUCGCAAAGUAAUCGAUCUAGUUCUAGGGGCAGAUGUCUUUUUCGAGGUCUUUAACGUCACGGGUCGAAUUCGAAUUGGCGAUGAUCUUCCGCCUCUCAUUAACUCUACGUUCGGUUGGGUAGUUUCAGGAAGAAUUUCCAGCCCAAAAUCUAACAGACCGUUCGUCGCAAAUGUUGCCACCAUCGGCGAUUUGACGCAAAUGAUGGAACGAUUCUGGACUAUUGAAGAGGGAAAUCCGUCGUCAUGCCACUCUGUCGAAGAAGCCGCCUGUGAAACUCACUUCAAAGAAACCAUCUCUCGUAACGAACAAAGACGAUACAUUGUUCGCUUACCCGUAAAACCUGAUGUCUUAGCCCGGCUUGGCGACAACCGUCGCGCCGCAUUCCGAAUGUUUCGAGCCAUGGAAACGCGAAUGGCUCAGAAUCCGCACCUUCGUGAACAAUACGUCGACUUUAUGACCGAAUACGCCACCUUGGGACAUAUGAAAAAAGUCGACGACUACGAAACACCGCCCAACCCUUGCUACCAUCUUCCGCACCAGGCUGUUAUCAGAGAAGAAAGCACGACCACCAAAGUUCGCGUCGUUUAUAAUGCGUCGUGGAAAACGAGCCAAGGCCCUUCCCUGAACGAUGCACUUAUGGUGGGGCCCAUCGUCCAAGAUGAUAUGAGAUCCAUCAUCAUUCGCGGCAGAACUCAUCGCGUUAUGCUAGUUGCUGAUGCUAAACAAAUGUUCCGCCAGGUCUUGGUUGAUGACCGCGACACCGCUUUGCUGAGAAUCCUAUGGAGAAACUCACCUGAUUUACCACUAGACACGUACGAGCUGAAAACGGUUACCUAUGGGACAGCCUGUGCACCUUUUCAAGCUACAAGAGUUUUAAUACAGCUGGCCGACGACGAACAACACGACUUUCCAGAAGCUGCUCAAGUCCUGCGCAAGGAUUUUUAUGUGGAUGACCUUUUCUCCGGAGCAGAAAGCAUAGAGAAGGCCAUCGAACUUCGAGAGCAACUUACCUCACUUCUUGAAAGAGGAGGAUUCGUCCUACGUAAAUGGGCAUCUAACAAACCUGCAGUUCUUCGUGACGUCUCUACUGAUAAGCUGGCUCUAGAACCAUCAGUAGAUCUCUCUCGUGACCAAUGCAUAAGGACACUCGGAUUAAAUUGGGAACCUGCCACCGACCACUAUCGCUACCGUAUCUCAAUAACAUCUGAUCCUGCAGAAAUAACUAGCACCAAAAUAAAUGUUCUUUCGAAAAUUGCCCGACUUUUCGACCCCAUUGGACUAGUGGGGCCCGUAAUCACGACUGCAAAACUAUUCAUGCAAGAGCUGUGGACUUUAAAAAAUUACGCUGGAGAAAUGUGGGGCUGGGAUGAUCAAUUACCAAGGGCCAUCAAGGAGCGAUGGCUGGCUUACUGCAAUCAACUUCCGCGACUGAACGAUUUGAAAAUCGAGCGAUGGGUUCUAUGCGAAACUUCGUCGUCGAUUGAACUCCAUUUCUUCUCAGACGCUUCACAGCAUGCAUACGGCGCAUGUUGCUAUUUUCGCUCUGUCGACGCUUACGGCACAAUCAAAGUUGCACUACUAACAGCUAAAUCUCGCGUUGCCCCUCUUCAGCAGCAGACCAUUCCCCGCUUAGAAUUGUGUGGCGCCCGCCUAGCUACGGAGCUGUUCCAACAGGUUCAUAAAUCUCUGAAUCAUUCUGGCGAAGUCUACUUCCGGGUGGACUCAACAAUUGUCCUCAACUGGUUGAAAGCACCUCCUACCACAUGGGUCACCUUCGUUGCCAACCGCGUAUCAAAAAUUCAACAGGUAACAUCACACUGCACUUGGAAUCACGUUGCUGGCCAAGUCAACCCCGCGGAUCGCAUCUCCCGCGGAACAGAAGCAGGAAAAAUUCUGAACGACGACCUGUGGUGGCACGGGCCACCAUGGUUGCAGCUCGACCCUUGUUUCUGGCCAAACCAAUCGACAUCUACACAAAACGAGGAUGUUUUUCUUGAAGCACGCCAGGUACCAGUGAAUGCAACAGCAGCCGUCACCCCACCUUCAUUUAUCGAUUCGCUAGUGAGCAAGUUUUCGAACUACAAUAAACUACUACGCAUCAUCGCAUAUUGUCGCCGUUUCGUUCGAAGAUACAAACCAACUUCCGAACCGUCUACAUUACCAGCACAUCCGUUCCUCAGCUCAAAAGAGCUACAAGAAGCCGAAGCCGUCGUCAUUCGUCUGGUACAACAACAGUCGUACAAUGAGGAAUGGAUUGCACUGCAAAACUCACGACCAAUGCAAUCUAAAUCCAAACUUCGUUGGUUUCAACCCUUUAUUGGCAGUGAUCAGCUGAUGAGAAUCGGGGGCCGUCUAACUCAAGCGCCCCAACCUUACGAUAGUAAACAUCAAAUUAUUUUACCAGGAAAACACCCACUAUCCUCUCUUUUGCUUCGUUCACUACAUCACAACCAUUUGCACGCCGCCCCUCAGCUACUGGUGAAUGUUCUCCGCCUGCGAUACUGGAUCACAGGGGCCAGAAACUUGGCGAAAAUCGUCGUCCGAAACUGCAUUACCUGUGUGAAAGCUCGUCCCAAACUGCUGGAGCAAUUUAUGUCGGAGUUACCGUCCUCCCGAGUCACAGCAAGCAGACCGUUCUCCACCACCGGUAUAGAUUACUGGGGCCCUAUUUUGCUAAAACCAUCCCACCGCCGCGCCGGUCCCAAAAAAGCUUUUGUUGCAGUGUUCGUCUGCUUCGCUACCCGUGCUGUUCAUCUAGAGCUGGUUACCGACUUAACUACAGCCAAGUUCCUGCAAGCUUUGAGAAGAUUUGUGGCACGGAGAGGACUAUCGAACGAGCUGCGCAACCUAAUCAAAGACAAGCAACACCACCAAGCACUAGCCACCGAAUGUGCAGCCAACAACAUACGAUGGAUUUUCAACCCUCCCAAGGCCUCACACUUUGGCGGCCUGUGGGAGGCAGCCAUCCACUCCGCCCAGAAGCAUUUUGUGCGGGUUCUCGGUACUACUCUACUCGCCCACGACGAUAUGGAAACACUAUUGACGCAGAUCGAACGCUGCUUGAAUUCACGUCCUCUUACACCCCUAAACGAUGACCCAACUGACGACGAGGUCCUUACUCCUGGUCAUUUUUUGGUUGGGUCCGCACUCAAAUCCGUUCCUGAUUUUGACCUUGCGGAAGUUCCUUGUAAUCGACUAACCAAUUGGCAGCUAGUUCAAAAGAAAUUCCAGAUAAUAUGGAAGCGAUGGCAUCUGGAAUAUUUAGCCACUUUACAGCCAAGAACAAAGUGGUGCGACCCACCUAUCAACCUACAUACGGGUCAACUGGUCCUGCUUAUGGACGAAAGAUCGCCACCAAUGCUCUGGCCGACCGCCAGGAUCGAACAAUUACAUCCAGGAGCCGAUGGAAUCAUACGAGUGGUCACACUCCGCACCGCCCAAGGUAAUUACACUCGUCCUGUAAGCAAAAUUUGCCUGCUGCCAAUCGCACCGUCUAAUGAAUCACCAACACCAACCGAAAGUCGACCAGAAACCGAAGCAAAACAACAGCAAUGA